UGUUUACUUGGAAAUAUUUGGCAACGUAAAAAAUGAGGACAAUGAAAACUAUUUAGAAAUAAGUAAGGUUAAUUUAAUUUUUUAGAUGAAAAAGUUGAAACUUUGUAUGAAACUGUGAAAAAUUCAACUAAAAAUAUAAUCAAACGGUCAUUAUUGAUUAAUGUGUUCAAAACACCACUGAUUAGAGAAGAAAAUGAUAAUAAUUCACUGUCUUUACCUCAGUUCUAUUUUUAUAACUUGACCAACACAAAUAACAGAUGUGAUACUUCCAUAAGAUUAAACUUAAAUAAACAUGGAUAAAGAAAAAGCUGAUAGAAAAUAUUCUUGGUCAGAACUCAAAGGAGUAGUGGGUGAUCUGAGGAGGCAACUUUCAACCUUAUCAAUUAUGGUUCCAACUUCCAUAACAUUUAGAACCCUGCAGGAUGGUAGAACAAGAAUUUAUUUCCUGAGCACCCCACACAAUGGUUGGGAAACUACUCUGUUAUUUGCUGAUGUACCCAACACCAAUCAACCAAACAGUUUGAGACUCCAGUGGCAGUGUGUGAUAGAAUCAAACUUUCCCAGUAUUUCAUCGUUGAACAAAUUUUCCAGAGAAGAACAAUUGCUCUGGGAGCGAAAACGUAUGACCACAUGGGGUAUCAAUUCCUAUGAAAUCCACAGUGAUUCAGGGAAAGUUGUGUUUCCCGCAGCAAGCAGCUUGUUUCAAUGUAUAGAUAGUGGAUAUUCAAAUGGACAAUUGUUUCCGACAAAACUGAGGAUGACUGCAGCUGGAGCUAAAAUUAAUUCGCAGAUUUGUCCUACAAAUCCUGAUCUUGUAGCUUAUAUAUGUAAUCAUGAUAUAUGGGUAACGCAUACAGUUUCAGGAUCAAAUGUAAGGCUGACGUAUGCACACAAAGGUGGUAGAAAUCUUGCUGACGAUCCGCUCUGUGCGGGCGUUCCUUCCUAUGUGAUGCAAGAAGAGUUUUCUAGAUAUCAGGGCUAUUGGUGGCAGCCGAAAUGUCUAGGUGGCAUCUACAGAAUACUGUACGAAGAAGUCGAUGAAGGAGACGUGAAAGUUUUUUGUUUUCCUUCUUCUCAGUCUGAUUCUGGGGAAGUGGAAGAAUUUCGGUUUCCUAGAGCUGGCUGUGCCAAUUCCAAGUCAUACCUCAAAAUGAUGGAAUUCAAAGUCAAUGAGCAUUUGCAGAUUAUCGAUGUCUGCAUGCUAGAACUGCAAUUCUCAUUGUCGUUGCUUUUUCCAUGGAUGGAGUAUAUUGUAAGAGUUGGCUGGACACCAAACGGAGAAUACAUUUGGGUCCAGCUUCUUGACAGACGCCAGCAAAGACUUGAACUAGUAUUAUUAUCCCUAAGUAAUUUCACAGAAGUUCUUCCGCUGUAUGAAGACUCGACUAACGUUCAUCUCACUAAUCCUACGGUGCAGGUGAUCUACUCUCAGGAAUCUUCGAUAUGGGUGAACGUCCAUGAUCUCCUCCACUUCCUUCCCUGUUCAGAAAAUAGUAACGAAAUGCAGUUCAUUUGGGCAUCAGAAGAAUCUGGCUUCAGGCAUCUGUACUUGAUAUCGGCUCAGAUCAUGCCUUACGUGAAUGGUAUCACUGAAAACGCGGAAACGAUGGAUUUUGUUUAUUUGCAGCCGAGAAUCCUGUCGAAAGUAGCUUUGACUUCUGGCGAUUGGGAGGUUUUGGGGCAAAACUUGUGGGUGGACAACGAGAAACAGCUGGUUUACUUCAUGGGGUUGAAAGAGACUCCUUUGGAGAAGCAUUUGUAUGUUGUGUCUCUCAGAAGACCUGGUGAAGUCAGGUUGCUAACGAGGCCUGGGUAUUCAUAUUCAGUAGAUUUCAAUAAGGAUUGUUCGUUGAUUGUUACAGUGUAUAGUAACAUCCAUAAACCUCCUGCCUGUCAAGUAUUCAGAUUGGUCCAUUCAGAUUGGACAGUCGAAGGAGUAACUCUCACCCCUCUCGGUUAUCUCAUGGAAUCGGCUACCCUCACGAACGAAUUUUAUUCACCUGAUCUUUAUACUCACGAGAUUAGUUCUGGUCAUGUACUUUACGCUAUGGUAUUCAAACCCCAUAACUUUGAAACUGGGAGGAAGUACCCAACAGUGCUUAAUGUUUACGGAGGUCCUGAAGUCCAGUUGGUUUCUAAUACUUUUAAGGGAAUGAGGCAAUUAAGAAUGCAUAUGUUGGCAGCCAGAGGUUAUUGUGUUGUGGCAAUAGACUCUCGAGGAUCUCAACACCGUGGUAUACAGUUUGAAAGUUACAUUAAAAAAAAGAUGGGCACCGUAGAAUUGAAAGAUCAAGUUGAAGUAUUGAAAUGGUUAUCUGAUAGUCUGAAUUAUAUCGAUCUGAACAGAGUGGCAAUACACGGUUGGUCUUACGGUGGUUACUUAAGUUUAAUGGGUCUGAUAAGUUAUCCAGAUGUUUUUAAAAUCGCAAUUGCUGGCGCUCCAGUCACAAAUUGGAAUUUAUAUGACACUGGUUAUACAGAAAGGUACAUGGAUUUGCCGGACCACAAUCCGGAAGGGUAUUAUGAAGGCUCCAUUUUGAAUUACAUCAAUAAAUUUCCUGAAGAGGAAAACAGGCUGCUCAUUAUUCAUGGUCUCAUAGACGAAAACGUUCACUUCUAUCACACAAGUCAGCUCAUAAAUGGUAUGAUAAAAGCGGGCAAGCCUUACCAAUUGCAGAUCUAUCCGAACGAGAGGCAUUCCCUGAGACAUUUGGAUGCCAGUAAGCAUUACGAAACGACUAUGCUAUCCUUUUUGCAAAAUCAUUUGUAGAAGACAACUAGAUUUUCGGUCUGUGGAAUGUUUGGUGAAUCUCUCGAUUACAGUAUUUCAAAUAGAAUGUAAAACUGGAACCUCUGGCGUAGAAUAAAUCCAAAAACAAGCACUUUUAUCAAUCACCUGAAUUUAUAUACUCUUCUCAACGCAACUUUCACUAUUUAUGGACGUUCAUUCUUUGGCUGUUCAUUCUUUGGCUGUUCUCCUAGGCGUGUUGAGCGACACUAGUCUGGUUUCUGAAAUCGUAUAUGUGCUGUGUGUUCUUUGAAACGAGUUUAUUUGGCUCGUUUAGUCUGACCGAUGUACUUAUGUCAGUCCUCACAGCCUCCAAAUAUCUCGGACUUUUCAUUUUCCAACAUCUAGGCUUACCUAACAUUUGUUCAAGUGAGCAGGGAGUUUUGGAGGCUACUUUCACGUUGUAUUUAAAAAAAAACCGCUCUAAAAAUGUUGAACGUGACAGUAGUGGGUGACAAAAAAUAUAUCGGUCCAACUAAGUGAACCAUUAAAACUAGUUUCAAAGAACACGCCACAGAAUACAUGAAAACUGUCUGAAACUGUUGGAACCGGUACAUGACCCUAGAUUUUUGGAUGGUUUUGAAGUCUGGAAAUAGCAAAGCGUGGCGUGGGAAUCAUGAACAGUAACAAAGGUCCCAUUCCUAACAGCCCAUCGUUUACGUUCUCAUGAUUCACUCUGUUGAAAUUUGCGGGAACUUCUACGAGAAUGAAAGUGAUCUUAGAGUUGGGAAUUAGUUUUCUCAAUUUCCUGAAGACACGCGAGAUUAUUGAAAUUCUUGUGAUUGAUAAAAGUGCUCGUCUUUGGGAUUACAGUAUUCCAGUUGGAUGAGAGACCAAGGAAAGUGUUUGAGUUGGUUUUGUCUAUGCUAAACUCUGGAAUAGUCUCUAGCAAGUUGAACUUUGAAAAAUCAGCCUGUUUUAAGGUUUUAUAAUACAGAAAAAGAAGCAGGACCGUAUUAUAAACUGCGUCUCUUUUUGAUUAAAGGGGAACAUUUUUCUUGGAAUUUUUGACUCAUUCAUUUUCUUUCCCAAAUGAUGUUAACCACCCCAAAAAUUUUAAUUGACACGGGAAGUCUUUGAAAUUCUCUUCACAGUUUUCAAAUUUCUUUUCAAAAGUUUUGUAAAAAUUACGUUUGAAAAUUUGAAGGUGUUCAGCAGAUUAUCACUCAGUUGAUUAAAUCUUCAAACUAAUGACCAGUUGCUUUCACAUAGUAACGGCAAUUUUUAUGAUAGACUUUCUACUAUAGAAUUCACUUUUCCAAUAUCCAUGAGAGAAGAAAUCGACGAGCUACAUAUCUAGUGACUGCGGAGUCUGUUCGGUACUGCAUUUCUCAAUCCAGUGCCAUGAAACAUGUUGGAAUGAUCAUAAAAUUAAUAUGAACGAAAAGUUUCAAGGCAUGUGCAAAUUGAAUGCUGAUUUUUCUUUAUUUAAAACCAAUAGUCUUAGACCUCCAGAAAUUAGCAUGAACAAAUAGUUCUUCUGAAGUCAGGUCAAAAAAAUUCUCUUGAACUUAAUUUAUCUAACAUUGUGUUAAUUAUGAUUAUGGUUAGAGGGCAUAUGUCAAAUGUAUUCAUCAUUUUGGAUAAAAAUAAGGAUACCUAAAAGCAGCUUUAUCAGGUCCUUAAACACAUCUCUAACACACCCAUAGUGCAUAAUUUUGAAGUUCAAUUUUUUAAAUAUAUUUCAUCAAAUUGCAAAUAAGUAGGUAAUAGAUCAUGUACCAUGAUCCUUUUUUUUUCGGAGUUGGCAACUCUGUUUAUGUGGCAUUAGUGUCAAUUGUCAUGUAAAUUGUUCAAGCUGUUGCCUGAAAUGAAUGUUCAGUAGUAAGUGAAUGUAAUGAAAACAACGAAUAAAAACAAAAAAUGAACAAAAUAAAUUUCAACUACAUAAAAGACAACUGACACUAAUGACAAAGUACAGAGUUAUUGAUAUGAACAAUGGGAAAAACUUUCAAACAAUAAAUGAAAGUGCAUGGAUACUACAAACAUCAUUUACAUGUGACAGUUGACAAUAAUGUCAAAUUAACAGAGUAACCAACACAGAAAAAUUGUGUGUGCUACAAACUCUUUAUUGGUAUGAAUCCUGAAAUGACUACAAUGAAAAAAAGCUUCCAAACAGAAAAUAAAACUGUAUGGACAUGACAAAUAUCAUUAACAUAAUGAAAAAUGAGAAAAGAAACUGUGUUGUUUACGACUUACAUUUGUAACUAACGUACUGAUGUUCCGUCCAAUAAGGACACUUUCAAAUUAGUACAAUAAUCUAUAUUGGCUAGAUUUGGUACAUAUAAUGUGGUAGAAAGCAGAAAGUUUAAUUUCUCGUUUUUCAUAAUGAUAUCCUACUACGUAUCAACGGCUACAUCCAUAAAUUUAUCAUUUACAUAAUAUGUAAGUCCAUACAGUUUUAUUUGCUGUUUGUAUAUGAUGUUUGUGGUGUAUAUUGUUUGUUUGUCCUCACAUGUCACCUGUCAUAUUAUGACAGCUGAAAAUCGACAUAUACACAAUGUAGCCAACACAGAAAAAAAAUAUAUUGCUCCAAAUGAAACCUUCAUCUGAUAUGAUCUCUUCAAAUUUUUAUUUGUUUAUCAAUUAUAUAAUGAGAAAAAAGUUAGGAAUGGCAUAUAGAAGAUAGGUUUUUGAUAAUGCAUUGGGACUGAAACCAGCAAAUAUAGUUGGAAUCUUCUAUGAUUUUACUUUUUUUUAAGUAAAUGUGAAAUGGUUGCACUUACUGAAAAAACAACAGAGCGUCGAAUGUUUUUUCAAGACGCUAAUAUGGCAGUUCGAGAUGAAUACUAAUGAAUUCAGAAUGUGACAUUUGGCAACUGUAAACCGUUAGUUUUUCUAUUUUGAAAUGUUUUUGAAUUUUAGUAGUGAGGUCCAAAACUAUCAAUAAUGUAUUAUGAUAAUGGUGUGACUAUGGAUCUGAAAAAACAGCCUUCAUACUGAAAUAUGAAUGCCAUUUAGAUUUUCCCGAAAAUUCCAAAUUUGAAAUGUCUUGUCGAAACUAAAUAGAAAUACAUUUAUUAACAGAGUUAGUAGUCACAUAGAGUGUUUAGUCGAGUUAACAAAUAAACCAGUUCCCUUUUGGCAAAUAGAUGAUUAGUUAUAUGUUUGAUUUCAAUAAUAGAAAAACAUGUUUGGUAUUGUAUGUGACAAAAUCCGUUGUUUUAUUAUCAAACCCGUUGAGUAAGAUACACGGAGAACUAAACGUUGAACUAUUUGAUUCUUUCUUGCUUCAUUACUCUUAAAUAACUAUUUUUAUCCUUGACUGUUGAUUUAAUGCAGAUUUGUGAAUGUUUCAAUUUGCUCUAUUAAA